AUGGUGAUUGCUGGUUCUGCCGAGCCGUCGCCAGAGCGCGCUGCCGCCUGGUCGGCUGUGGUCGCCAAGCCCCAGUCGGGCCCCGAAAAGGUGACCACGGCGACGAAGCCCCCUCUACCGCCGGCUCUGAAGCCCGCGACAACAGUCUCUGAAACGACUCUUCCCCUCGUACCCGCGGAUCCCCUUGCCGCCCCCGAGUCUGGCCCAUCUGCCCCUGUUGCUGUUCCGUCCGAUCCGGCUGCUGCCGCUGUUCCCCUGGCUCCUCCUGUUGCGACGCCGGCGUCUGUCCCUGCUGGGGUUGUUGCUGUUCCCGAUGUCUCUGUCCCUGUCGCGCCUGUUGUGUUGCCUGCCGCCGACCCCGUUGCGCCGGCUCCGUCCUCUGUGUUGUCACCGCAGGCGGCGUCCACCACCACUGGUGGCCCGGCUCCGUCGGUUGCUCCCUCAGCGGCGGGCCAGUCCGCGCAUGCGGUGAUGCCGGUGGCCCAGGCAGGUCAGCCGUCACGCCCCCCGUCGCCUGACCGCCGCCCGUCACGCCCCCAUUCCCCCGCGCUCCAUCAGGAGCGCGCGUCGUCUCGGCGCCGGCGGGACUCUCCACGGUGCUACCAACAGCAAUCUCACUGGCCUGCCCAACCCGGCGGUCAGGGGGGCUGGAGGGGUCCCCGCGGACGCGGUGGCGGUGGGGCGUACCGCCCGCCCGUGAUGAUGGCGGAUCUUCAGCGGGAAAUGUCGAGAGCAGUGCGCGAGGAGAGGGCUGCGCAGAGCCAGAGCAGUUCGAUGCAUGCCUCGCCUGCCCGCGCGGCUCCGCGUCCGGCUGCGCUCCCCUUGGAUCCAAUGCCUGCUGCUGCACCCCCUUCCGCAGAGACGUUUCAUGACCGUCCGCGUGAGACGUGCUUGGAUGCUGCGGACCAGCUCGCACUGCUCCUGGGGCCCGUGUUGGCUGCGCCCGCAGAGGGUGGCGCUGCGGCUGUGGGACAGCUUGACGAGGCUGUCCGGGGUUUGAGGCGACACUUGCGCGCAGGUUCUGGAGCCGCCGCGAUCGGCGCAAGCACGCUUGUGGUCCGGGAGCUGUGGCGGACGUUGACGGGCGUUCUUCACGCCCUUGGAGCUCACCGCAUGUAG